AUGUGCCAGACAUGUUGGGUUAUCACUUGGAGCAAACUCAGGGUCGCUUGGCGGGGGAAGAAAAUCCUGGUUACAAAACUGAUAGCAGAUCACAAUUUCAACAGAGGCAAAAAUGAGGCUAUGGGGGCGGGGAGUACAAAAUAUUUCUCCCAAGACGCGAAUGGCGCAAACAAGUUCACUGGAUAUCAAAUACCAGUGCAUAAGACAGAAACAAACCAAUCUCACAAUACAACAGGUGUGGAACAAGAACCAUCGAUUGACAUCUUCAAAGACGAUGAUCAAACAGAGAAUGUCGCGUCAGACGAUAGAUCAACGGAUAGCAGUGUUUUUCUUGCAGAAAGCCAAGAGACUCUUCUUGACCUCGAAGAAAGCGAAGAGAACGGAAAUGAAGGUGUAGCACCAGGAGGCUCAGAUGCUUCUGUAUCUUUAGUGGAUGCUUCGUCAAGGACCGAUAUAUCUCGCAGGAAAAAAACUUUCAAUCCAUUGCCUUCAUUGUUCCGACGGGAAAGGCGCGACAAACGGGGCAGCAAUGCUUCGCGAACAGACUCUGUGGAUCCUCGAGGCUCUACUGUCUCUCGGGGUUCUAUGGUCGUCCGUCGAAGAUGUGUGGGAAGAGGUGGGCUGGCGUCCUCUACAAUUUCGGCUCAAGGUGGUGAUGGCAACAAGAACCGAUUUAGUAAGCCGAUUGAUGCUUCAGGUCCAGAUAAUCAGCAAAUUGCACAGGCUCGUUGUCGCAAGCCUCAGAGAAGUGUAUACUUCACUAGAAUCGCAGCGAUAAUCUCAACUGGUAGAUUUGACUGCUCUC